AGAAAAUAAUUUGGAAGAGCAUUGUGGAUCCUUGCAUUUUGGCACUAGUGGGUCUUUUUCUUUUAUUCAAAGGCUGGGUAGGGAAAGUUUUGUGCAAUCUGUUAUCGAUCUUUUUAUUUUCAAUGCUCAAGACCCUCAAAACAAUCACAGGACUUAACCAUCCUUGCUCAAUCCCCUUCAGACCAUUGUCCUCCCAUACUUUGACAGAUUCCCACCUCAAAUCCUUAGUUCUCAGCCAAUACUCUAAUGGAACUUUCUCCAAUCUCCUCCAGAACGUCGUCGCUUUACCCUCUGUUCUUCUCACCGCCUGCCAAAACCUCUCCAACUCCCCCCAUUCAUCAACAACAACAACGACGGCGCUUCCCACCUCUGUUUCCAACCACUUCUCCAUUUAUCAAAUGGGUCAUGAAAUUUCUCAGAACAAGUUCGAUGUUUCCUCUUGCUGUGUCAAAAUGGACCCGCCCAGUCCUUCAGGUGAGCCUUUGAUUUUACCAAAUUUGAAACUAAAGGUCUUGAUUGAAGCCAUUAGGAUGGUCCUGGAAAUUGUUUAUGAUGAAAAGUUUGUGACAUUUUCUUAUGGUGGACGUGUUGGAAUGGGCAGACACACUGCCAUUAGGUACUUAAAGAACAAUGUAACAAACCCAAGUUGGUGGUUUAAUGUUUCCUUUUGUUCUAGCAAGUUUGAUGAGUUUAAUGUUGAUAAGUUGUGUUGGUUUAUUGGAGAGAAAAUUAAAGAUGCUAUGUUGAUUGAUGUGAUAAAGAAGUUGCUUGAAUGUGAUGUGGUUAGAGUUGAAUUUGGUGGUUGCUAUUUAGGGAGAGGGCUUCCUCAAGAAAGCGCCUUGUGUUCGAUUUUGAUUAAUGUUUAUUUUGGGGGUUUUGAUAGAGAAAUUCAAGAAAUGAGGCUUCGAAUGAAUAAAAAGACCUUUAAAUUUGAGUUAACCGAGCCUGAUUUGAAUAAUUCUAAUAUUUUCUAUAAGCCGGUGAAACUUUAUGCUGUUAGGUAUUUGGAUGAGAUAUUGGUAAUUACAUCUGGGUCAAAGAUGUUAGCAAGGGAGUUGAAGGACCACGUUUUGGAUUUUUUGGAACGAAAUUUGGGGUUGAAGGUGGAUAGAGUUAAAACAGCCAUCCAUAGUGCUGUAUCAGAGAAGAUUAUGUUUUUGGGGAUGGAGCUGCAGGCUGUUCCUCCUUCUGUUUUGCACCCCCCUAUGUCGGAGAAGGCAAUUAGAGCGAGGAAGAAGUAUGAUAGACAGAAGGAAGUUAAAGCUUUAGAAUUGAGGAAUGCUCGGGAGAGGAAUAGGAAAAAGUUAGGUCUGAAAAUAUUAAGACAUGUUUUUAAGAAGUUGAAGCAGAGUAACAAUGGUUUUAGAUAUGAAUAUCAAAUUGAGAGUGAAGUCAGAGAAAUCUUUAGGACUUGGGCUGAUGAAGUAGUCCUAGAGUUCAUGGGGUCCUUGGAAGAACGAUGGAACUGGCAUCGGCUGCUCUCUAGAGGUGAUUUUUUAUCUUUAAGACAUGUUAGAGAUCAGUUGCCACAAGAUCUUGUUGAUGCUUAUGACAAAUUCCAAGAACAAGUAGACAAGCAUUUGGCACCUACCAAAGCUAGAAUGGCAUUGGAGGAAGAAGAAAAGAGGGUAAGAGAAGAAGAGGAACAGAAAUAUUCCGAGCGCACAGUAGAUGAUCUGACCAAGUUGUGUAUGAAGGUUUCUGCACCCAUAGAACUUGUUCGGAAGGCUGUCAGAAUGGUUGGUUUUACGAAUAAUAUGGGUCGUCCCAGGCCAAUCAGCGUACUAUUUGCAUUAGAAGAUGCUGAUAUUGUUAAGUGGUAUGCUGGUGUUGGCAGAAGAUGGCUGGAUUUCUUCUGCUGCUGUCACAACUUCAGAAUGGUGAAAACAAUUGUUUCUUAUCACCUUAGGUUCUCUUGUAUUUUAACACUGGCACACAAGCAUGAAUCCACCAAACUUGAAGCAAUUAAACAUUACAGUAAAGAUUUGAAGGUCUCAGAUACGAAUGGAUAUGAGGAAAUUUACUUCCCAACUGAGAGGGAUGUUAAGAUGAUGGGUGAUAAAAAUCUUUCAGACCCGAAACCCGUGGAUGGAGCUAUAUCUUUGGCUUUGAUCAGAUUGGCUUCUGACGAGUCAUCACAUUCUUGUAUUGCUCAUUUCUGUGGUAGAAUUGAUACAACCAUGUAUAGGGUUAGGUUACUGCAAAAUCAUCUGAAUUUGAACCCCCUGGAUGAAGCUCAGUGGGUCAAGGGUAUGGGUGCUAUUCAUGAAACUUUGAAUAAAAAAUGCCUGCCACUCUGUCCUGAUCACAUAAAUGAUUUAUACAUGGGUAAAAUUACCCUUCAGGAUAUUGACUGCACUUCAUUUGUGGAAGUGGACUGAGUCAUUACUCUAAUGGCUUUGCAUGGGAACUGCUGCAGAAUGGCCGACUUUGAUUUGAAGCAGAAAAAAGGACAAGAUUGUAGUAAGACAAGUAAGUUCAAUUUGGUUGAUGGAUGCCUGAGGAUUUAAGCUAAGCAUAUUCUUCAUCGUUAUUAUAGUUAAUGAAGUUUUGAAAAUUUGGCGGAGUGAUAGACAAUGAAAGUUAUUGUUAUUUUCUGAUCAGCUGAAACAGAGGGGAGGAGAUUUACGGCCAAGAGGUCAUUGAUAUCAUCAGCAUUUACCAGAAUGUAUUUGUGUCUGAUGUUCAAGAUGUAUUGUGGUUUCCAUCGCCUGUGUGUUAAGGGCAUAUACUUACUUUAUACCCCUAAACCUUGUGCAUAUACCAACAUCAUAUACGUUCUACGCGUUAAA